ACUUUACUUUGCAAUUGUACAACAAUGCAUCUCGACGAUAGCGCGUCAGACGAACUGAAGGGCUGGGUGGUCAAGAGGCUAGAGGACAUCUCGGAUGCCGACUCGGACGUCCUCGCCGACUAUGUCAUCGCCCUGAUCAAGUCAGAGGAGUCAGACGACGCCGUCAAGCAGAACUGCCUCGACAACCUACAGGACUUUUUGCACGACAGCACCGCUACCUUUGUCAACGAUGUUUUCGCCCAUCUCUCAAACGCCUCGGCCGCCCCUCCAAAGCCGCUACAGCCCACCGCCUCUGCUUUCCAGCCUAAUGCGCCCGCCUUCCAACCCAGCGAUCCUGCCUUCAAUCCUCCCUCAGGUCCUGCCUCAAAGAAGCGCGAAUUCAACGAGAGCAACGCCUUCGAUAGCUACGCUCAAGGUCGCCAACAAGACCGCCCUAUGAAGCAGAUGCGAAGAGGUGGACGCGGCGGUCAAAGAGGAGGCUUCAUGGGUCAAAUGCCCGGCGCACCUCAGGGCAUGCCCCAAUUCGAUCCGAACAACCCCAUGGCCGCUCUGAUGGCAAUGCAGCAAGCAAUGGGCCAAUUACCUGGUAUGUCAGGUAUGCCCGGAAUGCCUCAAAUGCCCUUCCCUGCUUCACCUGGUGGCUUUGGCAACACUGCGCAACAACCGCGCUCGGGUCAGAGGUGCCACGAUUAUGACACCAAAGGCUUCUGUGCGCUCGGCGCUUCAUGCCCCCAUGAGCACGGCAACGACCCUGUAGUCGUACCCCAGCAACAAGGAGACGAAUACGAUCCCUCGAACGCUUCCCUCUCACAGGGUCGUUCAUUUGGUGACAGAGGACGUGGUCGCGGUCGCGGUAGAGGUGAUAGAGGCGCCUUCCGUGGUGGUCGCGGUGGACGUGCCGAUUUCUCAUCUGCUGGACCAAACCAUGAUCGCUCUAUAACACAGGUUGUUGUUGAACAAAUUCCUGAGGAGAACUUCAACGAGCAAUCCGUCCGCGACUUUUUCUCCGAAUUUGGUACCAUCGAGUCUGUCGAGUUGCAAGAUUACAAGCGUCUAGCUAUCAUCAAGUUUGAGGACUACGACACCGCGAAGAAGGCAUACGACAGUCCCAAGGUCAUUUUCGACAACCGAUUCGUCAAGGUUUACUGGUACAAGCCCGACAGGAUGCCACGAGAACGCCAUCAGAACGGUUUUGGCAAGGGCGAUGGUGAUGUGGAGAUGCAGGAGGAGGAUAAGAUCGACCCUGUUGAAUUCGCAAAGAGACAAGAAGAAGCCCAGCGCGCACAUGAAGAGAAGACGAAAAAGAUCAAGGAGGCCGAGGCACAACGACAGGAGCUGGAGCAGAAGAUGAAGGCCCAGGCCGAGGAGCGCAGUAGAUUGCUUGCCAAACUCGCCGCUAAAGAGAGAGGAAAGUCUGGUACCCCAGAUCAAGCUGCUGCUGCUGGCCAGAACGGCGCUGCUGCCAAUGGAGCCGACGGCAACAGUACACCCUCGCAGACCGACGCUUUGAAAGCCAAGCUUGCCGAGUUGGAGAAAGAAGCUGAGAGCAUGGGCAUAAACCCGAAUGAGGAUCAGCAAUGGCAAGGCUUCGCUCCUCGUGGUCGUGGUGGCUACAGAGGACGUGGAGCAUUUCAACCACGAGGCGCAUGGCGAGGUGGAAGAGGUGCCUUCGCUCCCCGUGGAGGUGCUGUGAGACGACUAGACAACAGACCCAGAACUGUUGCUGUCGUUUUCGCAAAUAACGAAGAAAUGAGCCCGCAAAAAGACGAGGCCCUGAGGCAAUAUCUGCUAUUUAGCGAUCUCAUGGAGGCUACCCAGAUCAGCCAACAUCCUUCACGCUCAGAUGCUGCCAUGUUGGCCUUUAACGAACGCUACCAAGCCGAGAAGUUCCUUAACCAUGGCACCGACAUCCCGCAUAUCGGCAAGGUUGAGCUUUCAUGGAUGGCAAACCCAGCGCCUAGCACACCCGUCGCGGUUGCACAGUCAGGAACCGAGACUUCGAAGGACGUCAACAUGGACGAGCCCCAACAAGAUUUCGCACCUCCAAGACCGGCAGCCGAGAUGGACUACGAUGUAGCUGAUGAUGACGACAACUGGUUGGUCGAAUAAUGAGGAACGGCAAAUGAUGCAUCAGGUUCUCGCUUCAGGUUAUACAUCCUCCUUUUCUGUGAAGGACCGCAUUUAUAUUUUUCUGUACAGUAAAGAAUCACAUCUACCUAUAUGGUGUUUGAUGUCAAGAACAUUGAACAUCUCUGCAACUUC